UCCAAGCUCCCCACUCGAUCUCUGACUGAAACAUGCUCGCAAAGGCCCUCUUCCUUGCCACUGCCGCCUCCGCUGCCGUUAUCGGCGAACGCCAGAGCAAUCGCCCGACGGUCACCGUUAUCUUCCCGCCUAUGCGCGCGGACACGGACGGCUCCUCGACCUUCCGUGGCCCGUGCUCGGGCUCCUCCCUGGGCGAGCGUGCUGCAUACCCCCUGACCGGCGGACAGAUCAGUCUGUCGCAGGCGUCGCCGGUCGACAACAUCAACUUCCUCUGGACCAAGGAUGUGACUGCCCAGCCUCACGAGUUCAAAACGUAUGGAGAGCCAACCGUUGUCGACGCCGAGGCGGGUCACGUUUGCGCCAAGGGCCCCGACUUCUCCUCGCUUGGCUUCAAGGCUGGGGACGACGCCACUAUCAUGGUCAUGUACCAGGCCGACGGCCCUCCCCGCCGCGGCACCGACAAGCGCUGGCAGUACCUCUGCGCCGACGUCAAGCUGACUGACUCGUGGACCCAGCCCGCCAAUUACGGUUGCCAGAAUGUCGGCGACAUUCGCCUCGCCACGACCGACGAAGUGAUGAACCUCACUAUCUCGAGCGACCCCGACCAGAACGGUAAGAAGAAGGGCGGAGCCCCGGGUGGCUCGGAGGAUGCUCAGUCGGCCACUGCCCAAGUUUCGGCUUCCGGUCUCUCGUCGGCCGAGGCCGGUGGCAUCGGCGCUGGUGUCACGGUCGGUGUCUUCCUCCUAGCUCUUGGCGCCCUCUUUGCCAUGGGCUACCGCUUCACGAAGAAGUCGACGCGCAACCGCGUCCACGACGAUGCUUCGUCGACUUCGUCGUACCCUGUCAAGCAGGCUCAGCAGUGAGCAGAGAUCAUCGUGUCCGUUGUAAUCGACAAGUUGAUAUACGAAAACCAAUGCAUAUGCGAUGUCAAGGAGGGGGCAUGGCGCGAUUAGCAUGUCUGACACGAUUUCGAUCUUGUGCUGUGGGGGGCAACACCAGCAUGUAUGGGUAAGCAUUCCGCUCCUUGCUUAUGAC